GCUGUGUGGGACUGCGGAUCUGAGUUGCGCCCGGGCCCGUGACGUGAUGGUCACCGCGUGAGAAACAGCGCCUCCUCCUGCUUGUACACUAACAUCCGCCUACUUUUCCUUCCAAAUCGUUUGAAACGAUAACCCUUCCAUAAUGUCUGAGCCUUACGACCCGUAUCUGCCUCGCAAUGGCUCGUCUUCGAACCCAACCGGAUCAAGUCAGGGGGGCGGAAAUGCGAAGACUGCUGCUAUUCAGGCGCAAAUUGACGACACUGUUGGGAUUAUGCGGGAGAACAUCACCAAGGUAGCAGAGCGUGGAGAGCGGCUGGAUUCGUUACAGGACAAGACAGAUAAUCUUGCUGUGUCGGCUCAAGGUUUCCGCCGUGGUGCUAACCGAGUCCGAAAGAACAUGUGGUGGAAGGACAUGAAGAUGCGAAUUAUUAUUGGAGUAGCUAUUGCGGUGAUUAUUGUUAUCAUCGUGGUCUCCAUCGUCAAAGCGACACAAAAAUGAGCUCUGAAUAGUUCAUUUUCUUUCUAUACACCUCGCUUCUUGUCUGUAUCUAUGCUCCAUAGUGUUACUUUCCCUUCCUCUUUUGCCGUGUCAUUGGUGGAGUAGCUGUGAAUUUUAGGAUAUAAUUCACAUCGAGGGUAGUAGUUUGCUUUGGACUAAUUUCUCUUUGUUGUGUAUCUUCAUGUCCCUGGAUUGCAAACAACUCAUUUGCACAAUGUACAUACCUUAACUUCAGAAAAACAUAUGCAGGUUCGGCGCUGUUUUUCCUUCUCUUCCUCGCUG